GAAAUACCACAAAAUAAAAGUGAUGUUGAUAUCACAAAGCAUCCAUAUGUUGUAUCAAUUAGAUGGAAACAAACAUGUAUGUUCCGGCGCUAUACUUGAUAAGUAUCAUAUAGUUACGUCAGACCGAUGUGUUCCAUCAUUUAAGCAUGUCUGGAACGUUAUGAAUAAUAUAGUAAUAGUAACCGGCACGAGCAGCCUUAAACUAGGUGGCACUCAAAUCUUGGUUAAAGAAUUGUUCUCACAAAAUCACCACGUUAAUCCAGUUGAAAAUAACGUCAUUAGUGGACUUGGUGUACUUACGCUUAUACGAGCACUUCGCUUCAAUGAAAAGACACAGCCCAUUGCGCUGUCUGAAAGUAAAGUACCACUGGACGCAAAAUUGCAGAUGAUUAGUUAUAUGAUAGCCGAUCAUGAUGGAGAAAAAACCACGAAUUUAAAAGAAGUAACAUUAACAACAGUAGAUCCUAAAGAAUGCCAGUCAUUCUACGAGAAAAAGCUCUCAGAGAUUGAAUUCUGUACUCGAGCAGAAUCCGGUAAUAAUUAUUGUAAGGGUGACAGUGGCAGUCCUCUGAUUUACGAAGGCAAACUUGUCGGUGUAGCUACUUAUGGUAUUUCAUGCAUUGAAACUCCAGUUCCGGAUGUUCACACCAGUAUAAGCGACAAUAUCAAAUAUCUCAAUGAGAUUACAAAAUCAUAAAACAUUGAUAUUGUAUUAUUAAGUUUUACUUUAUAUACAAGUUUUGCAGAUAAAUAUUCGAAAACUGCACUAAAAAUUAUAAAUUACUCUACACUACAUAUAACAGAUCAAUUAAUUGUAUUAAUAUAAUAAUUUUUAGUAAUAUAAUAAAAAAAAUUGUUAUUAAAAA